GGGCGUACAGGUGAGAGGGAGGAGCUUGGAGAGGAAAGAAGUGCCAAGAUACAGGAAACGUAAAAUACGUAAAUAAUCCAAUCAUUCGCACAAAUUAAUCCAGAUAAGAACCAGAAUUAAGAGCGGCCAAGAGACCAGACAAUGCCAGAGAGGAGCAGAUACCUGGAGAGGGAUGAGUAUGACAAGAGGCACAACAGCAGGGAGCGGGACCACUCUCACGACAGAGGAAGCUCCUCACAUGAAGAGAAAGACUGGGAAAGGCAAAGAGAGAGAGACCGGAGGAAGAGAGACAAAAUGGAUGAGAGAUACAGGGAUGAGAAGGGCUCUGGCGAUGACAGGAGGGACAGAGAGAAGGACUACUCUGACAGACAGCGGGAUAUGACACCCCAUUCGCACAAGGACCCACCACCUGACCACAGAGGCGGUAGUCAACAAGGACAACAGAGAGUGUAUACAGAAGCCUCCACGCCUCCUUCCAUGGGGGAAUACUAUGAGCCACAACACAGACAGGCUCUGUACAACCUCAGAUAUGCCUUAACAGCCAGAGGUCUGUGCCAGAUAAUGGAGGUCUUUGUAAACCUGCUGAUAGUCAUCUGCUCAGGAGUGACCUACAGUAACUCAGGGGGUUACCGGGACCUGGCCAGCCUCGGGGGUAUCUACCAGUACUACUUUGGAGGAGCACAGGCUUUCACUGGAGCCGACGUAGACAGGGUCAAGGAGCUGGACAAGCUGUUCCACCAGCUCAAGCUGCCUCCAUACAUCUUCAGCAUGGCCUGUGGAGGGGCUCUGAUGGUCUAUGCCUGCAUUAUUCUGGCUUUGGGGAUCCUGAGAGUCCCUUACCGCUGGCCCCAUGUGCUGCUGGGUGAGGCCCUGGUGAACCUCCUGAUCGGCCUGGGCUACAUCCCUGCCCUGGCCUUCUACUUCAUCAAGCUGCAGGAGACCUACGACAACCCCAUCUGCACAGAGAGGGAAGCACUCUACAAGAGCAAAGGGCAUCAGGGCUUUGCAUGUGCACUCAAUGGAGCAGACAUCGCUGGAGGCCUCUUCGGGGUGCUUGGAGUCAUCGUUUUCAUCUUCGGAAUGGUCUUGGCCAUCCGUGCUUUCAGGGCAGUGCGGGAGAUGAAGAGACCGAGAGCGAUGGAAGAUGGUAACUUAUAACGGGGUUUGCUCACCCCCCACUGUGAAUAGAACUGAUACAAAUGUAGGGUUGAGAUCAAAUUAGGUCAAACAGCUAUAAAUGCUAGUGCCUUUUAUAUGAAUUGUGAUUGUACAGUUUAAACACUUUUUUUUUUUUAAAAUCAAAGAGCAAUUUUGUACAUUUUCUUUAUUCUGAUCAAUUUUAUACACUUCAAACUGCACACUAAAUGUUACAGAUGAGACAUCUACACUGUCAAAUACAUUGUUCUUUACUAAUAAAACUCUUAAACUGAUGUAUUUCUCCUCCUCAUGAACCCUCUAGCCUAGAAUAUCUCCAUCUUACCUUGUAGAAGAAUAGUUAUUGUUUGUGGCCUCUGUGGGACUGAAAACACAAAUCUGUGUUGGUGUGGAGCAGAGCAAAGAGAUCAGCGGUGUAUUCAUUCCGCCGAUUCUGUUGCAAAACACUUCUUAAACGGAAGCGAACAGGGAAGGACCUACCUGAAUUGAUCCAAUAAAACUCUUGUUUUGCUC